AUGAUACUGGUACCGGCUAGCAUUGCCAACUUGUAUGUACACUUUAGGACCAAGUCCAGCCAAAUUCAUGUCAAACAGGAGCACCGGCCUAGCCAUACGGCUGGCCAUACCCAGCACAGUGUCUCCCAGGAUGAACCACACUAUCUGAAACACGAGAUCAAAAAACCGGUUAUCCAAACGGUUCGGGAAGUUAUUGUUCCCUAUCGACAGGUUAUCCAACAGAUAAAGCCGGUCAUCGAGGAAGUUAAGACAGUGGUAGCCGCCACUGGUGAACCCAAAAGCAGUGUCUACAUGAGCUAUGGUAAUAGUAUACAACACGAUGACAGGCAUCAGCAGCAGCAGCACCAUCAGCAACAACAACAGGAGUCACCAAAUGAUAAUUAUGUGAACAGUGUAUACAAUUUGAAUUCAGUGGCCGCCGAUGACCUGAAUACCGAUCAUCAUAACAACUAUGGAUACUAUAUAACAGCCAACCAUUUACAGCAGCCAUCAUCACCGCAAGCACCGACCUAUACAUCAUACACACCGACCGCAGCAGCCAUUGAUUACCAAAAUAAUAAUAAUAACUAUCAUUAUUAUAGUGUCGAUGCAAACAAUGACAACAAUACUAAUACUAAUCAAUACAACAAAAUCUAUGACUUAAGCACAAUAUAUGGGGCAAAGCCUACAAACUAUGACAUCCAUAGCUACUAUAUGACCGUAAAUCAUGCGCCGGCGGCGGACAAACAGCCACCGCAAGUGGUAUACGAAACACCCGAUCAUUCCCGACAACAACAACAACAGCAGCCGCCGACGGCGCCUAUAAUAUACGGCAUCGCCGAGCCGUUAGAUCAUACGUAUGGCGGCGGCUAUUCUACGGCCAGUGCUGCCGCCGCCGACGCCCAACCAGAUAAGCAACAACAACAACACCAGCAAUACUAUAGGACAACAAGUCAAGGCACUGACUACGGAAGUGCCCUAAAUUAUGACGACAACAACGACCAAAAAAGUUUGAUUAAUUCAUACAAUAGCAACCCUACUAUUGGACAACAACACCAACACCAACAACCCUAUCAACAGCACAAUGCUAUACAAGAUUUAUAUUAUAAACAAAAUUAUCAGCAAUUAAUUGAUGAUCAAUACUAUGAGCACCCGAACAAAGUUGUUAAAAGUAAUAAUAAUAAUAAUAAUGAUAAUUAUUAUACAGCAAACAACAAUGGUAUGUAUGAUAAUAGUCCUGUCUAUGAUAGUGGUGAUGCAGCCUACUUGACCCUAGACCUGGUCAACGGUUAUACAGGUGAUUUGGCUACCAGUGACGGCUAUGAUGGCUUAGUACGACAAUCGCAAGCAUCGGCAGCAGCCGUAGGAGCACCGGCAGCUACAUUGAUACCGAUAUAUAGUAAUAGUCAGUAUAAUAGUGAUGAUCCAAUGAUUAGCAAAGCGUCGACACUGGGAUCGUUAGCUCAGCUAUUUUCAGCUACCAUUCCCAGCUAUCAUAACCAGCAUUAUCAUCAUCAUUAUCCAUCAUCAUCAGCACAACAAUCAUAUUGA